AUGUCUAUCCAGCCUGAUGAUAAUAAGGGCCCAGAAAUCUCCGCAGAUGAGAAAAACCUGAAUAUAGUAUCUGGGGCCGUUUCUACAGAUGACUCGGACAAGGAAUUCCAGCAAACCCGUCAAAUUGAUGGCAAAAGUACAUUCAAUUCCGGUGCGGGACAUCAUCUCUACCGACCAAUUGACAGCUACGAGGGAAUUCAUAGAUGGGAUCCGGAUUUUGAAUGGACUGAAAAUGAAGAGAAGCGAAUUGUUAGAAAGAUCGAUGCUCGUGUUUGCACCUUUGCCUGCGUGACUUUUUUUGCCCUACAGCUUGAUCGGGGAAAUAUUGGCCAGGCACUAGCAAGUACACUUUUGCAAGACCUGCAUAUGACUACGAAUGACUAUAAUUUGGGACAGACCGUUUUUUUGGUGUGCUUCCUGCUGGCGGAGAUGCCGUCUCAGUUGAUAUCCAAAAGAUUGGGUCCCGAUCGUUGGAUUCCUCUUCAGAUGGUGAUGUGGAGCCUGGUUGCGGCCUGCCAGGCCUUCAUAAAAGGAAAAUCCUCUUAUCUGGCCUGUAGGGCUUUAUUAGGACUAUUAGAAGGUGGUUUUAUCCCUGACACGAUUCUCUUUCUAUCUUUCUUCUAUAAAUCGAGCGAGCUGCCGAAGCGAUUGGCUUGCUUUUGGGUCUCAUAUACAGUUACGACUAUUAUUGGAGCAUUCCUUGCCUUUGGCUUUUUGCAUAUAAAGGACUCUAAUGGUGGCGGAUCUUGGAAAUACGUGUUUGCUUUCGAGGGACUCAUAACUGGUCUCAUCGGAAUCAUUGCCUACUUUUGGAUGCCUGCGUCGCCAGUCCAAACCAAAGGAGGGCUACGUGGAAAAGAUGGAUGGUUUAGCGAACACGAAGAAAAGAUCAUGGUGAACCGCGUGAUUCGCGAUGAUCCCAGCAAAGGAAGCAUGCACAACAGAGAAGGACUAAGUCUUCGGCUAUUUUGGGAGUCUCUCAAGGAUUUCCAUAUGUGGCCUAUCUAUUUGCUUGGCUUGAUAUGGAUGAUUCCUACCACGCCAGCGACAAAUUACCUCACAUUGCAACUACGUUCACAGGGAUUCACCACAUUCCAGACAAAUUUGUUGACGAUUCCAUCCGCUGUCAUUGGGAUCAUUACUUUGAUAUCUAUAACGUGGGUCGCAGAACGUACAAACCAGCGAUUACUAUGGGGAGCAGGAGUAGAGGUGUGGAACCUUGUCUUGCUGAUAGCCCUUGAACUCCUGCCCCAGAGAACUCUACCCUGGCCUCGUUGGGCUAUACUUACACUUCUUGUGGCGAGUCCGAGCAUUCAUCCUGUCGUGGUCGCCUUAACCUCCCGCAACGCAGGAUCUGUACGGACUCGCACCAUCGCGUCUGCACUAUACAACAUGACUGUACAGAUAAGCAAUAUUGCAGGUUCUAAUGUCUAUCAAGCAAAGGAUGCUCCGUACUAUAGGCAUGGGAAUAAAGUUCUGAUCGCACUAUCCGUCGUCAGUAUGGCUCUCUUCGUGGCAGCAAAGUUCUAUUACGACUGGUGGAAUAGGCACAAUGCUACCAAGUGGAACGCCAUGACCCAUGAGCAACGAGAGGCAUAUCUGAAUGAAAACAAAACCAUGACCAACAAGAGGCUUGACUUUAAAUUUGCCCGAUAA